AGCCCGGAAGUCCUCUCUAUCUUUCUGUCCCUGGCUUCUAUGGUUUUCUCAUCUUCUUUGUAGAAAUCCAUGGAUUUGAAGAUGAGGUUAUUUUGGGUAUUUCUGAUUUUUCUUCCUUUGGUGGUGAGAGGAGGAGAUAUCGUUCAUGACGACGUUGAUGCUCCUAAGCGGCCCGGAUGCGAGAACAACUUCGUUUUGGUGAAAAUCCAAACUUGGGUGGGUGACAAUGAAGGUGAAGAAUUUGUCGGUGUUGGUGCACGGUUUGGCACUCUAAUGGCGUCAAAGGAGAAACAUGCCAACAGAACUCGGCUUACCCUGUCAGACCCGCCUGAUGGUUGCAGCACACCCAAGAAUAAGCUUACUGGAGAUGUUGUUUUGGUGCACCGGGGUACCUGCAAAUUUACGAUGAAAGCACAUGUGGCACAAGCCGCUGGUGCUGUAGCUCUCCUUGUUGUUAAUAACCAAAAAGAACUUUACAAGAUGGUUUGCGACCACAAUGAAACGAAUCCUAACAUAAACAUACCUGCAGUUAUGCUCGCAAAAAAUGCUGGCGACAACUUGGAAAGCAGUAUACGUAGUGGUGCCUCAGUUGCGGUGCAGUUAUACUCUCCUGAACGUCCACUGGUGGAUACGGCGGAAGUGUUUCUAUGGCUAAUGGCUGUUGGAACCAUCCUAUGUGCGUCGUAUUGGUCUGCAUGGAGUGCUAGAGAAGCGGAGAUUGAGCAUGACAAGCUAUUAAAGGAUGCUCCUGACGAUUUUAUCAAUGUGGAAGGCAGUGGUUCUAGUGGUGUGGUUGACAUCAACACGACAUCAGCUAUCCUAUUUGUUGUGAUUGCAUCGUGCUUCUUGGUCCUGCUUUACAAGCUGAUGUCCUUCUGGUUUGUGGAACUUUUGGUGGUCCUAUUUUGUAUCGGAGGGGUGGAGGGCCUACAAACUUGCUUGGUGGCUUUGUUAGCGAGGUGGUUUAAAAAUGCCAGAGAAUCGUUUAUUAAAGUACCCUUCUUUGGAGCUGUUUCUUACCUUACACUGGCUGUUUCUCCAUUCUGCAUUGCAUUUGCUGUUGUUUGGGCAGUAAAAAGAAAAAUCUCCUUUGCCUGGAUAGGUCAGGAUAUCCUUGGUAUCGCAUUGAUUAUUACUGUCCUCCAGAUUGUCCGGAUACCUAAUCUCAAGGUGGGCACGGUGCUUCUUAGUUGUGCCUUCUUGUAUGACAUCUUUUGGGUGUUUGUUUCGAAGAGCUUGUUCCAUGAAAGUGUGAUGAUUGUGGUAGCUCGGGGUGAUAAAAGUGGAGAGGAUGGCAUACCUAUGCUACUGAAAAUUCCACGCAUGUUUGAUCCAUGGGGUGGUUACAGCAUCAUUGGAUUUGGUGACAUCCUUCUACCAGGAUUGCUCAUAGCAUUUACUUUGAGGUAUGAUUGGGCUGCGAAAAAGAAUCUAAAAGCGGGAUAUUUCUUGUGGUCAAUGGUGGCAUAUGGCUCAGGUCUUCUUAUUACUUACGUCGCUUUGAAUUUGAUGGACGGGCACGGGCAACCAGCUCUUCUCUACAUUGUUCCUUUCACAUUAGGCACUUGUUUGACUCUGGGGAAGAGAAGAGGUGAGCUGGCAAAUCUAUGGAGUAAAGGAGAACCAGAGAGGGUAUGUCCACAUCAUCAUCCCGUCACCGCCCAAUAGAAAAAAAAUGCUUUGUAAUGUAAUAUGUAGUAGAAAAUCUGAAGAAAUGCGACAGUGAGCUUAAGAAUUGAGAAAUUAGUUGUUGUAGCUUUAACAAAAAGAAUCUAGACAAUCUAGUGUCUAAACAAAUCACCACUGCCUAUCUAAGAACCGGUUGCGUGCGUAGAUAUUCCAACUGUAUGUACUUGAAUGUCUUGUGAUUCUAAAAUGAUGGAUUGCACUUAUUUUGAGCCCACGAAAUUCUCCAACUUGUAGUAAUAAUAUAAAGGAAAAUUACGUACUUGCGAAUUUUAA